GGUUCACAAGAAAGUGGAGGAAAAGAGAGAAAGAUUUAAUACAGAAGAGAGUUUGAAGUUCUAGUCUUGGGUGUUUCUCUGCUAAAAAUCAUGUCCAACUGGGUGCAAUAUAAAUGCUCUUCCUAGCCUUUUUUUUUUUUUUUUCCUUUGAAACAAAACAAGUACAGCCUGGAUGGGUAUUCUGCAGCAUUUGAAUCGUUACCUCUGUUUUAUAAGCAAUCACAGAGUUAUUUUAUUCUUCUUCUUCUUCUUCCUUUUAAUUAAUGGCCCUGUUUUUCGAUACAAGGGAAGCUUUUAUAAAUGGAUAUGCAUUUUUCUGAGUUUCUAUCACUUGGGUUCAGUGCUUGUUCUCUCCUUUCCCUCUCUGGAAUUCAUUUGUCCAAAUUUUCAGCAUUGGAAUGGGAAUUAACUACGGACAGAUCGCGAACAAUCUCCCAUCUCCCUCUCGUGUUGCCAUCCUCCUUGGAUCUCUCAACAUCAGUAGAGUGAAACUCUACGAUGCCGAUCCGAAUGUCCUGCUUGCCUUCUCCAACUCGAAUGUUGAUUUCAUUGUUGGGCUAGGAAAUGAGUAUCUCCAAAGCAUGGCAGAUCCCAUUAAAGCUCAGAUUUGGCUUGAAGAGCAUCUGUUACCCCACCUUCCUCAAACCAAGAUCAAUUGCAUCCUUGUGGGAAAUGAGGUUUUCAGCAGCAAUGACUCUCAGUUAUUUCCUUAUCUCCUCCCAGCAAUGCAAACAGUAAAUCGUGUUCUUGUCAAUCUUGAACUAGAUAAGCAAGUUACUGUCACAACUGCUCAUUCUCUUACAAUUUUAGGAAACUCCUACCCUCCUUCAGCUGGAACUUUUAGGCAAGAUCUUGCUCAAUAUAUCCAACCCCUUUUGAAAUUUCAUUCUGAGAUCAAUUCUCCGUUCUUGAUAAAUGCAUAUCCAUAUUUUGCAUACAAGGAUAACCCAGAUCAGGUAUCCUUAGAAUAUGUGCUGUUUCAGCCCAACCAAGGGAUGAUUGAUCCUAACACAAAUCUGCACUAUGAUAACAUGUUGUAUGCUCAAAUCGAUGCUGUCUAUUCGGCAAUGAAAGCAAUGGGGCAUACGGAUAUUGAGGUUAAAGUUUCGGAGACUGGUUGGCCGUCUAAGGGGGAUGCUAAUGAGGCAGGAGCUACACCACAGAAUGCAGGAUUAUACAAUGGUAACUUGCUGCAGAGAAUAGCAGAGAGGCAAGGUACUCCAGCAAAACCGUCAACUCCGAUUGAUGUACACGUUUUUGCUCUUUUUAAUGAGAACUUAAAGCCUGGACCAGCAUCAGAGAGGAACUAUGGCCUCUACUAUCCUGAUGGUACACCAGUUUACAACAUCGGAUUGCAGGGCUAUCUCCCAGUGUUUAUCUCAGCAUCUGAUAAGAAUGCUUUGUCUAUCUUCAGCUCUCUGGUCUUCCUCAUUGCAUGCUUCAUCUGUGCGUAAGCACAUGUAAAUCUUUCAAAGGGCAGGCGAUGUCAAGGGAGGAAGAGAAAUUUCUGGAGAUCAUUCCAAUGCAAGAGGAGUUACUGUAGGGAGGGAGACAAAGGGUAGCAGAGCUUUUUAUUUCUAACCUCAAAGGUCAUUAAUUCAGCAGCUUGCGAUGAAUUGAAGUUUUUGGUCAAAAUAUUUUAUUUAAGUCAUUUAAUUAUAGCCAGCAAUUACUGUCUAGAAUAGUAGGUACGUAAUUCUUCUAAAUUAGUAACACUAAAUCUGAAUAAUGUAUACAAAAUUCUUUAACCAAAAUUAAUCUAUUAAUAAAGGAGAAGUUGGUGAA